CAACUUCCACAGUGAAAAAUGGAAACCGAGCCAGGAGGCGGGGGCUUCUUAAGCUCAACGAUUUUUUAAAAAUACAAGAAACAAUAACAAGAAGAAGAAAAGAAAAAACAUUAAUAAUAACAGAAAAGGCGUAAAUUCAACUUCCACAUUGAAAAAUGGAAACCGAGCCGAAAUGGGCGGGGCUUAAGCUCAGUGACGUCACGCGUGCCGCCGAGAGGCAAAACCCGGUCAAGGAAAGACAGACCGACAGUCAUGCUUGCGCCGCCGCUGAGACACCUGCAUUGACCUCUUUUUGGAAUCUUUUCCCAUUUUUAUUUCUUGUGUCAGAGUAAAGAUAUUUUAUUUAUUUUUCUGACUGGAUAUUUUUCUGUGGUUUUAUUUGUUUUCGAAGCUUUAUUCAUCACGUUUAAUGCAAAAUGUAUAAUGAAUUACAGGUGGUAUUUCAUCCAUGCUGUACGCGGACUGCAGUGACGUGUAAAAAAAACAGUGUUAAGAGAAAGGAAUAAUAACAGAAAAAAUAGCAAAGGAUAAAAAUCAAGAGAAAAUUUAUGAAGUAGCAAGGAAAACAGAAACGGAGAAGACAUGAAAUAAUGGAAACUAUAAUUGAAGAAAAAACAAUUAGAAAACACAACAUCGAAUAAAAUUAAAGAAAAACAAAAUCAAUCAAACAAAAAGAAAAAGAAAACAAAUGAUGACAUAAAGAAAAGGAAAACAAGGAAAUUAACAAAAGAAAAAAGAGGAACACAAAGGAAAACGAAAAAAUAAAGAGAAAUAACGAGAUAAAAAGAGAACACAAAAAAAAAAACGAGAAAAAAAAAAGAAAAACGAUUAAAACAAUACUCCAAACAAAACAAAGCAAAAAAAAAUCAAGAACAAGAGAAAAACUGAGAUAAAAAGUACCCACGACGCAAGAACGCCAAAUCUACGGGCCUUGUUCCAGUGGCCAUUAACACAGGAAACCGAGUGGGUUGUUCGCACGGCCUAAUGAUCGCCGAUAGAGCCCCGUUUUCUUUGCUCUGAGGGGUGUCUUCGGCAAGCACGGUGCAUGGGCAAGAAAAGAAAGCGACAGGCUGUCGACGCCCUUUCGCCAUUCCCUGCGCAGGAGGAGAAGCAGGGAAGGGAGGAGAGGGGCGGAGCGAGGAGUGUGCUCUCCCCCGCUGCCGCCGCCAUGUGGAUCAGCUUGUCCAGACACUCGACCGCCGAGCAGAACGUCGCCAUGCCACCCUCACGGCACUCUGCUGCCACGCCGUCCUCGAGCCAAGACCGCAAGGAGAAGAACUGCCAGAAGCGCGCGGCCGACGGAGCUCCCGCCCAGCGCAGUGUCCGCAGAGGGGCGAGUCCUGUUCUCACAGGUCACACUUCAUCUUCAGGAGUCAGCGUCGACAACCUGAGGGGCGUCUGUCGCAGCGACGUCCCCACCAGGAAGUCAUUUCGGCUGGUGGGCCACUCCAGCAACCCGCGCGAGGCCCGAGGGGAGGGUCUGCUUCCCUACUGGCUGGAGGAGACGCCCUGGAGACCCACAGAGCCGACGGAGGUCAGCGGGUUGCCGAGAGACAGCGGCCAGACACACCAGGAGCAGACGCCGGGUUCGCCAGGCUCGUUUGAUGUCAGGUGGGCCUCCCUGAAGGGUAGGAAUAAGCGCAGGCUGUCGGGUAUAGCGCAGGAGCGGCCUCCUGGUUGGGAGGACGUGAAUCUGGAGGCCAACAAGAAGCACAACAGCGCCCGCCGAGCCAAAAAUAAGCUGUCCCUCCGUCCGUCGUUUGUUAUUAAGAGCGUCGAUGAAUGCGCGCGGGGUAAGGACAGGCCCUCGUCUCUGGACCUCCAAGGACCUUCGCACGGCGCCAGGGUACAGGCCGGCUCGUCUGACGUUUUUGAUCUGAAAGAAAUCACGGAAAAAGUAGACAACAUAAUAGCCAACAAUUCUCUCCUGGAGAGGCAGCAGUGCUCGUUUUCUACCACCAACGUGGCGCCGCACUCAGCGUGCAACUCUCCGGGCGAGACAGCGACGUUCAUGUCCUCCUGCAUCGCGGACCGACACCUGUGGUCUUCCACGGACAGCUUCAUCUGUGAGGACUUCAUGUUCUCCGACAAGCGCCGCUGCUUCAACGACUCGGCACACGAGGGGAUGCUGCAAUCGCUCCGAUCCUAUUCCCAGAUCUUCUUGAACCAAAUGAACCUGGACGACCCCCACGAGGCCGAGGCCCAAGGCACAGAGCGUAGUGCGUCCCUCGCCUCAUCGCCCCAGCUAACUCCACCUGGUUCGCGGGGGUCGGGGGAGAUGCGCAGCUCAUCUCCGGCUCAAGAAGAUAUUUCGAGCAGCUCUAGAGUUUACGAUCGCUUGGGCUUGGCCGAGGACAGGGAGUGUUCGGGCGGCAGGCAGAGCGCCUCCCCUUCCCCCCAGGGCCUGAGUCCCGGCCGGCGCCGCCACUGGAUAACUUUCGAUUCUGUCGAGCACUUGAGUGAAGACGUGUCUCACACCCCUACUACCGACACCUCCUCGAUCGACGACAGGCAUGGGACCAGCCCUGCUGAAGACGGCCCUGACACCGAGAACAACCAGGCAGGAAUGCUCUUGAAGGACCACCACGGCAGCACCGCCAACCUGAUGGAGCCACGUCUCGAGCAGCCACCAGAGAACUACCAGGGCCGCCUCGUGCGAUCUUAUUCCCAGCGCGGACGCCGAGCGAGCAGGAGAGUCAUAGACUCGGUGAGUCGCCGAAUGAAACCCGGCGAGUACGACAAAAUGAGGGAGCCCAUCCCGCCCAUGUUUUCCAAGGCCGCACUCACCAUGCACACGGGCCCUGGGCUCUUCGAGGAGCGACAGCCUCCCAAAAUCGAGUCUCCACAGAGGGACGACCUUGAGAGCCCGCAGGAGGAGAACGGCGCCGUCGCCCGGUCCUGCACUUCCCCGUCCACGAAGGAAGACAAGGCGGAAAGGCCCGCGACGCCUAGGAUUUCCCUGACUCCCAGUCUGCCCUCGCGCGUUGGCUCCCUGCGCUUGCCCAAGAUGCCGGCAGCCUUCGUUCGUCGCUCCGUGUCCUUCGCCGGGCCCAAGGUGGAGCACAGCGAAAUCAAGUUCCAGCGUCUGUCCGAGAACCGCGGGUCCUUCCGACGUGCCAUGUCGGGGCUGGGAGCGCUUGCCCGGAGCUUCAAGAAGGGCAAGGCCAACCCGGACUCCCCUGCCACCACGCCUUUACAGAGCCCCGGCGAAGAGAAGAGAGCUUCCAUCUGUAUCUGUGACAGGGAUGAGAGAGGGGCCUUUGCCAGAGACAAGGAAGCCAAACAGCGCAGUGCACAUAGAAGUGCUAGCGUCAAGGUACACAGAAACAAGCAGGUUCCUCACGCGCCCAGGCUACCUCGCCGCGCCAUCGCAAGGAACUCGGCCGAACCUUUCACUCAUACCUGAGACCUCCUCAGAGCUGGCUGAUCACUCUCCUUUGCACUCUCACCUGGGGAUCCUACUCAACAGCUGCCGCCACACUCACGUCUGAGGAAUCACUCACAGUUGACUCCUCGCUCACACAUGGGGCAGUUAUGAAGUUUACUUCUCAUCACUCACAUAUGAGACCUCACUAUCAACAGUUGACUCAUGACCUGAUGGUUCUUAUUCAGCAGUUGCCUCAUCACUCACGCCAAUAAUAUCAUUAUCAGCAUGACUCAUCGCAACCGAACUAGAUAUGCAUAUGCAACAGCUGGCUCAUCCUCCAUUCCUGAGUCUUAUCAACAGAUCACUCCUCAAAGACACCGGAAAACAGUUCGUCAUUCAAGCAAGACCCCGUUCUCAACAGCUGACUUAUCACUCACACUUGAGAACUACUUUUCAACAGAUUACUCAUCACUAUUCCUGAAUACCUCGUACUCAAGUGACUCAUCACUCAAAGAAACGGUUUACUCAAGAACUCAUCAACAGGUCUAUAUUCUCGAUUAACUCAUCACUCAUCACCCAUGAGCUCCUUACUCAUAGCUGACUCAUGAUCCACCGGUUACAUGAGUAUCGUCUAAAGACCCUCUAUCCUCUAUUUAUCUAUUUCUUUCUUUCUUUCUUGGCCUUAGUACAUCGAUCUUUGUAUAGAUUGUGGAUGUACGUUUGACUAUUAGCCUGUACUUUUUAGUAAAUAAAACCACUGAGUAUGGUA